AUGGCCGAAACGAUUCAAUAUGUUAUUAAAAAUUGGGAAGCCAUUGGAAAUUCGUUUUUGCAUGAAUUCAAGGAUCAACAUUUUCUACUAGCCGCAUUAAAAGGACUUCGAAAUGGAUUGGUGUAUGGUGUUCGAAUUCGCGCGCCUCACGCUCUCGUCAUGGUGUUUCUAUUCGGCGAAGGGACGCUGGCGCAGAAGCUGCAGACGAUCUUCCGGUUAACGCGAAUGCACGCGACGAAUCUCGCCAAAUUCGUGUUCUCCUAUAAAUUGCUCGAAGGAACACUGGGAAAAAUUGAAGGUGUCCGCCGUGAAUGGCAUUCGUUCGCCGCCGCAUUCCUCGUCGGCUAUCUCGUUUUCGGCGAGAAUAAUGCUGUGAAUAUGCAGAUCAAUUUGUACCUUUUGUCUCGAGUUGUCGUCGGAUUGGUGAAGUUGGCGGCCAAUCGCGAGGUCAUCCCGCAGCCGAAGUUCGCCGUGUUUCCGUGGUUCGCCGCCGCCGUGUGGGGUGUCGUCCUAUGGCUGUUCGAGUACCAUCCGACGGUGCUUCAAGGAUCCCUUCAGAAGAACGUCGCCGCGCUCAUCGUCGAACCGCAAUUUCUGCUCGUCGAAGAGGACUGGCCGAUCGGCGACGCGUUGCCGCUCGCGUUGUGCCCGAAAAACGUCAAGGUGAUCGCCGGCGAUCCGAAUCGCUUCUUCAGCGUGUCGACGCUCAACGAGACGUGCUCGACGCUUCGACUCAAUCAGCACCUCGACGCCGAUAAGGAGAAUUCCGACGGGAUUCGUGGCCAAUCGUUCUCGCUCGUCGUCGCGGGACCACAAAAAUCGCGAGCCACUCUUGAGAUUCAGGUCGUCGAUGUCAACGACAAUCCGCCGGUGUUCGUCGAGACGCCGACGAGUUUCGACGUCGCCGAAUCGGUCGACGUCGGCACCGAGCUGUUCAAAAUUCGCACCAAAGACGCCGACACCGGAAUUUCGGGAAUCUCGCGAUUCGCGAUCGACAGCGAUUUUUUCAAAUUGACACGACGAAAAUGCGCGAAUGGAAUGUGUACGACGACGCUCAAAACCGCCAAAUUAUUGGAUUUUGAAGAAAAACCGGUGCAUAUGAUCACAAUCACUGCCAAAGAUGGUGAUCCGCAUUCGAAUCGAAGUCAUACUGUAGCGCAUACCGUAACCAUCAAUCUCAUCAAUGAGCAUGACGGCGCUCCAAUUUUCGAGACGGAUCUCUCGAAACCGUUGAAAAUUGCGGCGAACGCGAAAAUCGGCGAGAUUCUCGCGAAAAUCCGAGCGAAAUGCGGCGAGCAUGACGAAAAUGAGAAAGUGAGCAUUCUGUACGAGGUCGCCACCAAUGAUUUUGUGACGAUGAACGCCGAAACCGGCGAGAUUCGUCUCGAGAAAAUACCGGCAAACGAAUUAUCGCUGGAGAUUACGGCUUAUGAGCAGGCGAAUCCGACGAGGUCCGUGAAGGGAAAGCUGAGGAUCGUCGUCGAACAGAAAGCCGACGCUCAAAUUCAGUCGAAACCCGACGCGGAGCUUUGCGAAUUCCCAAUCUACGAGGCGAAAAUCGUCGAAGGAAAAGGCGAAUUUCUGGAGCCGAUUUUCAUCAAACUUCUAAAAGAAAAUGCGAAUGUUCGUCUAAUCGGCGGCUCCGACAUGUUUCAGUUGGACCAACCAACGUCGGAGCGGAUUGAGCUCAAAAUUGUCGACAGCGGAAAAGUGGGCGCUCAGAAUUUGGACAACGCGCAACUUCUGCUGAAAUCCGACGUGGGCCAAUGCCGAAUUGUGCUUCGAUCGAUUUCGGCCGAUCUGCCGCUUCGGCAGUCACCCACAAAAUCGGCGAAGUUCGACAAAGAGGUGUACGAGUUCGAGCUCAGCGAGAACCAGCAGGCUCAGAAAGUCGGCCAAGUGCGACUCAUCGGCGGCGGCGGCUCGUCGUCGUCGGCCUAUCGUCUUCAAGGCUCCGAGUUGUUCAACAUCAGCGAGAGCGGCGAGAUUUUCGCGACGGGACCCAUCGAUCGCGAGGCGACCGCGAGAUUCGAGUUGACGGUGACGAGCGGCGAGGCGGCGGCGACGUCGCGUGUGUCGAUUCGAAUUCUUGAUGAGAAUGACAAUUCGCCGGUGUUCGAACGCGACGUCUACACGAUUACGGUGGACGAGGGAAAAAGCGAGAAGAUCAAAAUCGUGGCAACCGAUCGCGAUGAUGGUCCCAACGCGCACAUCACCUACAGUAUCGAAGAGAAUCUCGACAAUCUGCCCAUCGACAUCUCCGACGGCAUUCUGUUCAUCGGCGCCAUCGAUCGCGACGCUCUCGACGCGCCCGACGUGAAUUUGACGAUUCGCGCGACGGACGCCGGAAUUCCGCCGAGAUCGGCGUACGCGAAAGUCCAUAUUCGAGUGAAAGAUAUCAAUGACAAUUCGCCGGUAUUCUCAAAUUCGAAGUACUCAAUUGUUCUCGACGCGAAUAUCAGUCCUGGCGGGAUUGUCGGCUCGGUGUCGGCCGACGACGCCGACGCGACGUCACCGAACAACUAUAUUCGGUAUUCGAGUGCGAAUCCGUCGUUCCGAAUAACCGACAAAGGCGAGAUCAUAUUCGUCGGCGACGGGAUUCUCAGCCAACGCGCGCAAUUGUCGUUCAACGUGACCGCCACCGACGGCGGACAGCCGGCGUUGAGCUCGACGGCGUUGGUGGUGCUCAAUGAGCACAUUGGCGGUCUGCAGAAUGAGUUGACGACGCAGAUCAACAGCAACGAUACGCAGAGGAGAUCCGAAAUCAAAUGGCUGAACGCCGGAAUGCCGGGCUACACGUACGAGAUAAUUCGCGCCACCGCCGAUGGGUUCGACGAUGAAGCGGUCAAAAAAUGGAUAUCGAUCGACGCGAAAACGGGAAUCAUCGAGACGUUGACGCGAAUCGAUCCCGAUUUGGUCAAACAAGUCAAAUUGUAUAUCAGUAUGCGGAAAGGCAAACGAGAAGUGCCAGUCGAGCUUAUUAUCAAAGUCGUCGACACCGAUGACGUUGUGCCGAUUUAUAAGAAUAGCACGAUGACGCGAACAACGAGCAUCUCGGAAUCGGCGACGAUCGGAACGACGGUGUUGUCGAUGCCUGCUGAAGGCGUCACGCCGGAUGAUGGUGUCGAAUAUAUGCUGAAUAUAACCAGCGGACCACGAUAUAAACUUGGCAUCGAUCGAUUUGGGACCAUCAAAUUGGUGAGACAAUUGGAUUAUGAGCGCGAGAAGGUGAUUCGAGGAUUUGUGAGGGCGACAAUCGAUGGGAAUGAGGCGGUGGCGCCGAUCGAGAUUCGAAUUUUCGACGCCAAUGAUAAUAGGCCGAUUUUCAAGAAUAAUUCGAUUUUUGUCACUUCCAUUGAAGAAUCGGCGGUUUUGGGAACGAUUCUCGAUUUGCCGUAUCCGUUGGCUACCGACAAAGAUUCUGGCAAAUUUGCACAAUUGCGCUAUUCGAUGACGGGCGAUGAGGGAUUUUUCCGAAUCGAUGAGGGAAACUCGACGAUCCGCUUGGUGUCUCGAUUGGACUUUGAAACUCAGCGCGUCCAUUCGUUGAGCAUCAAAUGCGUCGACAACAACGGCGAAGUGCCGUUUCACGAGAUUUUCGCGUCGGUGACCGUUCACGUCGUCGACGUCAACGACAACUCGCCGAUCAUCCACAAUUCGGAUCUAAGCCAUUUGAGCGUCGGCGAAGACGCCCAACCGGGUACUGUGAUUACCGUAAUCAUCGCGUCGGACGCCGACGAGGGCGGCAAACAGGCGAUGCGAAUGAGCGCGAACAGCACGAUGUUCCGAAUCGACGAUUCGCGAAGGCUGAUCGUCGACGCGCCUUUAAACGGCCACGCCGGCCAACGGUUGUGCUCGACGAUAACGGUUGGCGAUGUUGGCGUGCCGACGCGCGAAUCCACGGCGCCAUAUUGUGUGACCGUCUACCCGGCGAAGAACAACCAUCACAAUCCGUUGGUGAUCUCGCCGAAGCCGAACUCGAUUCAUUAUUUCGAUGAGAACAUCGUGUAUGACGAGCUGCUCAAAGUGGAAGUGCUCGACGAGGGCGGCGAGAACGUGACGUUCGGACUCGAUGAGACGUUCAAAAAAGAUUGGCAAUUGUUCAAGAUUGAUCGAACGAGCGGCAGUCUGACGGCGAGACAGCCGUUCGAUUUCGAGAAGAAGACGGUCCAUGAGAUCAAGAUACUCGCGUGUCGAUCGACGAAUUGCACGUCGACGCACUUGUUCAUCUCGGUGAACGAUCGCAACGACAAUUGUCCGAUGUUUCCGAAGCAGGACGUCCGGUUGACGGUUGUCGAGAAUGAGAAGGGCCACCGGCAGAUUGGACGAAUUCCGGCGGCGUUGGACUCGGACUUUCAUUCGGACAACACGAAAGUGUGCUAUGCGACCGACUCGCCGUUGUUCUUUUUCGCCGACGCCGCCCUUCCGGUGCUCUACACGAACAGCAGUUUCGAUCGCGAGCAACGCAAACAGCAUCAGAUCGUGAUCACCGCGUUCGAUUGCCAUUCGGCGUGUCGCGAUCCGCACAAGCCGGCCAACGGCACGAUAGUGGCGCUCAUCGACGUGAUCGACGUCAAUGACAAUUUUCCGCGAUUCGCCGAGCGCGUUUAUCAGACCACCGUCGUUCAGGGCCAAGUGUCGUCGGGCAGCCACAUUUUGACGUUGACGGCGACCGAUGCCGACGAAGAAGUCGACGGUCUGAAAUACUCGAUUCGUGGAUUCGUUCGAAGCGCAUCGCACGCGUUUUCGCCGCAAGACUCGCCGAUAUCGAUUGAUGGCGAGAGCGGCGAAAUCACGGCGAACGAGAUGCUCAAAGACUCGUCGUACUCGUUCGCGGUGGUUGUCGUUGAUGGCGCUGGACAUGAGGAUACCACUAGUGUGAUUGCAAAUCUGGCUGAAAUUGUGUUCUUUUUUUUGCAGAUUUCCGUUGUGACGUACGCGCAACAAACCGAACUCGUUUUCGACGCGCCGUUCGAGUUGAUCAUCAAAAACGAGAAGAAAAUUGAGAACAAUUUGUCGAAUGCGACGGGUCUCAAAGCGAUCGUCGACAAAUGUCGGCAAAACUCGAAUUUCACGCUGAUGUUGGUGCAUUUUACCGAUCAAGACGGACAAUUUGUGAAUGUCGAUCGAGCGGUGAAUUUGCUGAUGAGCUCAACGGAAGAAUCUCGACGCGAGCUGCGAAGCGUCUACGGCCUUCGAGAAGCUUUCUCGCCGGUGCCGAUCCCGUCGAAAAUGCCGCAAAUCAUUGUGAUUUCGGUGCUCGUCUUCUUUUUGGUUUUUCUGCUCUCAAUGUGCAUUUGGUGUCGUCAACGCAAUAAUUAUGAGAGGAAAUUGCGGCACAUCUCCGCGCAAGCUUCAACGGUCCACACCGUCACACUUGGAAGGCCGGGAAGCACGAUUAAGCCGAAUCCCGGAUAUGGCGAAAUUCAAAUUGGCGCGCACCAAUCCCGCCAAUGCGCCGCCUCGCACGCUCAAGCGCCGCCCCGUCCGCUGGCCAUCAACCUACAGUCGACGGAACUCUAA